GCUCACUCGGUGCCGCGCGCGCCUCUGAACCUCCGCGGACGCCCAAGGUUUCGGCUGCUGCUCCCCUGGUGGCUACCCUUAGCCAAAUCUCUUGCGGGUGGGUACGGCAGCUCUUUGGGGACAGAAGUCUUCCCUCUUCGUUGCGCUCUGCUUCGUACUUCGUAUUUUGGGCAAAUCUGAGAAGGCAGGUAUUAGCGCCUCUAUUGAGCUGCUACCAGAGAGGUAGGAGAAGGCUGAGCCUGGCGCGGAGUUCGGGCUGACUGGGGCCUAGGCCCGUGAAACGCCGUCGCUGCCCGGAUGUUGCGAUGGCUGAUCGGGGGAGGCCGAGAACCUCAGGGACUGGCCGAGAAAUCUCCUUUACAGACAAUAGGUGAAGAACAAACCCAGAACCCCUACACUGAACUGCUUGUACUGAAAGCUCAUCAUGAUAUUGUACGGUUUCUGGUACAGUUAGAUGAUUACAGAUUUGCAUCUGCUGGUGAUGAUGGAAUUGUAGUUGUGUGGAAUGCCCAGACAGGAGAAAAACUUUUGGAACUCAAUGGACACACGCAAAAGAUAACAGCUAUUAUUACAUUUCCUUCUUUGGAAGCUUGUGAAGAAAAAAAUCAACUGAUCUUGACAGCCUCUGCUGACAGAACAGUUAUUGUAUGGGAUUGUGAUACUGGCAGACAAGUUCAGAAAGUGUCAUGCUUCCAGUCUACUGUAAAGUGUUUAGCUCUUCUUCAGAGACUAGAUGUUUGGCUUUCUGGUGGGAAUGACCUCUGUGUGUGGAACCGAAAAUUAGAUCUCCUGUGUAAGACUAGUCACCUUUCUGAUACAGGGAUCAGUGCUUUGAUUGAAAUACCUAAGAACUGUGUUGUGGCAGCAGUUGGCAAAGAACUGAUAAUUUUCAGGCUGGUAGCACCCACAGAGGGAUCACUAGGAUGGGAUAUUCUUCAAGUUAAGCGCCUUCUUGAUCACCAGGAUAAUAUUCUCUCACUGGUUAAUGUCAAUGAUUUGAGUUUUGUAACUGGCUCCCAUGUUGGAGAGCUCAUCAUCUGGGAUAUCCUGGACUGGACUGUGCAGGCCUGUGAACGCAACUUCUGGGACCCAUCUCCACAGCUGGACACUCAGCAAGAAAUAAAACUCUGUCAAAAGCCAAAUGACGUUUCUAUUCAUCAUUUCACAUGGGAUGAAGAGAAUGUAUUUGUUGCAGUUGGAAGGGGUUUAUACGUGUAUAACCUUCAAAUGAAGCGUGUGAUUGCCUGCCAGAAAACUGCACAUGACUCCAAUGUCCUGCACGUUGCCAAACUUCCAAACAGGCAGUUAAUCUCAUGCUCAGAAGAUGGCAGCGUACGCAUUUGGGAGUUACGAGAAAAACAGCAGCUUGCAGCUGAACCUGUACCAACAGGUUUUUUUAACAUGUGGGGAUUUGGAAGAGUAAAUAAACAAGCCAGCCACCCUGUUAAAAAACAACAAGAAAAUGGCACUUCAUGUUCACUAGAGCUUAUUGGAGAUUUAAUUGGACACUCAUCAUCUGUGGAGAUGUUUCUGUACUUCGAAGAUCAUGGACUAGUGACAUGUUCUGCUGAUCAUCUCAUUAUUUUGUGGAAAAAUGGAGAACGAGAAUCUGGAUUGCGCAGCUUAAAGUUAUUUCAAAAAUUAGAGGAGAAUGGUGACUUAUAUCUUGCUGUCUAGUUUAAGGAAUUUGAACACCUGUGCAUGAACCUUGAACAGCAAAUAUAGGGGUAAUACUCUGAAAACCAUUACCAUAUUAAUCACUUAAAUUUUGUAAUAUUUUUUUUCUUGUUACUCCAUAAAAUUCCAAUUGUUUGUUUGAAUUCUUUUUUCUGGGGCUGCAAACCAGCAACAAGUUGCUUCUCAGGUAUUAGUACAGUCACCAAAGAAUAUAGCACAAGUUUUUCAUUUGACUUUUCACAUAGCAGUUACCUGAAACCAUUGAAGGAAUGGGUCUAAUUUCAGCAGUGAAUUUUCAGAAAGUGAAGUUUUCAGAGUUCAUCACAUAUACCUGUUGAAGCAGAAUUAAAUUAUACCACAGUGUCCUCACAGAGAUAAAUUUUUUAUGCUCUGAAAAAAAUUCUACACCAGAAAUUAUAUGAGCUUAUGUUUAAUGAGGAGAAGAGUAGUUGGAGCCUCUCACUCUCUUUAAUGUAAUUAUAUUGCCUCUAACUAAAUUUUUAUUCAUCACCAGGGAUUAGAUUUUUAAAAUAUUACAUGUAAUUUCUUUCAUUUAGCCUUUUUGGAUUUUGAAAUACCUGACUGACUGUUCUCCAGAGUUAAUAUUUUAACUAUACCUGUCAUUCUUUUAAAGAUUUAUUCAAGGAACCUACUUUAUGGAAAUAAAUAUACAUGAUCAUUAUAGACGAUAUUUUGGGAGAAAAAUGAAAAAUCCAGUGAAGAGUAAAUAGGUAGGAUGUAGCAUAUCUUGAAUUUAAACCCUGAGAUAUCCAGAAAAACUGAUGCCUCCCUGUAGGAAAUGAAGAUUCCCUAAUAAUUGUACUUUGUGCUGCUAUUGAAGUGGUGAGUGCUGUGUUUUAAGCUUCUUAAUUUGAACCUAGACCCUGGGAGGAGGUAGGUAGAAAUAGAAAUAACAGUAUUUUUUAUUUUUUGGUUUUCUUUAGAGCUGGUUUGAUGAUUAAGAAUUCUUGUGAUAAAUUUAAAUAUAUCCUUUCUCCUACAAAUCCCCCUGGUCUUUAGUAACUCUCAAUUUUCUAAACAUGAAGCAAACCUGAAUCUCUCACUGUUUUAACUACAGCUUUUUUUUUUUGGUGCCAACUAAUUUGUUUAAAUCAUUUUUUUUUUUAAAUUCUAGCUACUAGAAUCCCUAUAUAAACUCAAAUCAGGAGGAAUCUUCUUAUUAGGGUGUAUUUUUCCCCCUAGCCUGAACAGCUAUUGACUAGAUUCUUGGUAAUAGACCAGCAGCUGCCCCUCAUAUAUGCCAGAGAUGAGAGCUAGAUCAGUAAAGUUACAGUGUUUUCAAAGUGCCUGAUUCAUCUUACCAUUGGCUCAAAUAUGAAGUGUUUGAGCCAGGCAUCACUUACUUAUGAGUUUCUUGCAGACCACUGAGAUUUAAUCAUCUUCAUCACCCCAUCAGCCUUAGAACACUCUUUCUCCCUUUUGGUACUAAAGAAUAAAAAUUAAAAAGUGUUCCAUACAUUAAAAAAUGGGUGGGUUUAAUUGUGGAGUUAAUCUUAAACUGCUGAUGAAAGAAUCGUAUUGAAGUAAACACCAGGUGGCUGAUGUGUCAGAGGACUAAUCCUCCUCAAAGAACACUUUCUGGAUUUAUUUGUUCAUCACACACACCCUAAUGGAAUCUUUGUAAAUUGUUGUUUUCACUAGUUUUACCUUUGACAGUUGUUGUUUCCUCAACUGCCUACAAAGUCUGGAAGAGCUAUGGUCAUCUAUGCCAGACCAGUGCCAUAAUGUUAUAAAUAAGGAAGCUGAAGCCCAGUCAGGUAAGGCCUUCCAGUUAGUUAGCUCAAUUCUCAUUAGCAUCAGUGAAUGAAUUUAAAAACAGAAAUUGAACAUGACUGGAAUGAGAAAGAAGGGUUGUAUGAUUACCCCUUGAGCAAAACCAGAUAAUGUUCAUAGUAAUUGUUUCUGUUUUAAUUCACAAUGAAAAUACACCUUUAUGGAGAUAUAUAAUAAAAUUUAUGUAACCUCCAUUAUAUAAUAGAAGAAUGUGAAUAGAAAAAUUAGCACUGCCUUUUAGCCAACAGAUUGUUGUUAUCGUGGCAUAUUUGAGCAGUCAUACUGAGGCACCUCUAAACUUUCAUCCUGAAAUUGGAACCUGGGUAGGAUUCCUAAACCAGGCAGACAUGCAUUUUGGUCUGAGUGCAUCAGAUUAUUGAUCAGAGUCAUUUUUAGGCUUUUAAUUUUCCUCCAUAGAUGGACUUUCUCCUAUUACCAGCUAGCUUUUUCUUUGGAGAUUCUACUAUUAGGUCAUGAGUUUUAAAGUUUUCUUGAAUUGUAUAAGAUAUUCAAUGAAUUAUAAAAGGAAUUCAAAGAUUCUUAA